AUGAAGCUUCAACUUCUAAGCUUCCUCUCAGUUGACUUACUACUACUGCUCUCAGUGCCUGUCUUUUCCUCUCCAUGUCACUUCCCUGCUGUCUUUAAUCUUGGGGACUCCAACUCCGAUACCGGUGGGCUGUCGGCCACCUUUGGGCCAUUAACUUAUCCUUAUGGCGAGACCUUCUUCAGGAAGCCUGCAGGCAGAUACUCCGAUGGCCGACUCAUUAUCGACUUUAUCGCUGAAAGCCUUGGAUUGCCUUAUAUCAGUGCCUAUCUGGACUCAAUGGGCACUAAUUUUAGCCAUGGUGCAAAUUUUGCGACCGCACUGUCUACAAUACUUCCACAAAAUAUAACUCUAUCUCAGGGUGGGUACAGUCCAUUCUCCUUAGAUGUGCAACUGAAGCAGUUCUCGCAGUUCAAAUCUCGGUCCCGAAUGAUAUAUAAUGAAGGAGGAGUCUACAAGGAUGUAAUGCCCAAAGAGGAGUACUUCUCUCAGGCACUGUAUACAUUCGACAUCGGUCAGAACGACCUCACUGCGCUCUAUUUCCUCAACAAGUCUGCAGAGGAAUGCAUUCCCAAUGCUCUGAAGGAAUUCUCCAAAGUGGUAGAGAGCAUAUAUAAGAGGGGAGGGAGAUCAUUCUGGAUCCAUAACACUGGUCCCCUGGGCUGCCUUCCCUAUGUUCUGGUGCAGCUUCCCCUUGAGGCAUCAGAAUUAGACUCAGCUGGCUGUGCAAUUCGUUACAAUAAAUUAGCCCAAAAAUUCAAUAGAUUGCUCAAUGACACAGUAACCCAGCUCAGAAAGGAUCUCUCUCUUGCGGCAUUCACAUUAGUGGACAUAUACUCUGUUAAGUACUUGCUCAUAAGCCAGGCAAGAAAGCAAGGAUUUAAGCUACCAUUGAGAGCUUGUUGUGGCCAUGGUGGUGGCAUGUACAACUACAACUCUAAUUUUCGGUGCGGAGAUACGGUGAAGGUAAAUGGAACUACAAUACUUGUUGGAAAGUCAUGUAAGAAUCCAUGGAAAAGAAUCAGUUGGGAUGGAGCUCAUUACACUGAGGCUGCAAAUAGAUGGGUGUUUCAUCAGAUAUCCAGGGGGGCUUUUUCAGACCCUGCUAUACCAUUGAGCAUGGCAUGUCAUAGGAAGACACCAACAAAAUGAUGCUUGCUGAUAGCACUUUGCGCCAAUAAUGCUAAUUACAAACAGAAAUUGGUCUCCAAAUCUUUCAACCAUUGCACAAGGUGAAUGACAACAUUUGACAGCAUUUUCACAUACCAUCUCUGCAACUUCAAAUUAUAUAAAGAAUCUAUUCAUUUGUGAAAUUUAAAAGUUCGCAUAGAAGAUUAUAAACUUCAUAUGUACUGCCAUUUUUGUGUAUCUAGUAUAUUAUAUAAACUACACAAACCCUUUCUGAGACUUUGGAAUG